AUGGUGAAAUUUGAGCGUAUACUGCAAGUUACCUCCCUGAAUCAGAUUAAAAUACCUUCUUGUGUGUUUCUCUUCUUCUUUUGCAGUAACUGCCCCUCAUUUUUGGCCGCUGCUUUAGCAAGAGCAACUUCAGAUGAGGUCCUUCAGAGCGACCUCUCGGCGCAUUUCCUACCAAAGCACGUGGACAACGCGGACGGGAUCAUUCAGAUCGAGACAGUGAAGUUGGCCCGCCUGGUUUUUAGCAAACUGCACGAGAUCUGCAGCAACUGGGUGAAAGAUUUCCCCUUGCAGCCCAAGCCCCACCGCUACUACGAGACGUCCAUCCACGCCAUCAAGAACAUGCGCAGGAAGAUGGAGGACAAGCACGUCUGCAUCCCCGACUUCAACAUGCUCUUCAACCUCGAGGACCAGGAAGAACAGGCCUAUUUCGCGGUGUUUGACGGCCAUGGGGGAGUGGAUGCUGCCAUUUACGCCUCCAUCCACCUGCACGUGAACAUGGUGCACCAGGAGAUGUUCCAGCAUGACCCAGCCGAGGCUCUGUGCCGAGCCUUCCGCGUCACCGACGAGCGCUUCGUCCAAAAGGCAGCCAGGGAGAGCCUGCGCUGCGGAACCACCGGGGUGGUGACUUUCAUCCGCGGCAAUAUGCUGCACGUGGCCUGGCUCGGGGACUCCCAGGUUAUGCUCGUGAGGAGAGGCCAAGCUGUGGAGCUGAUGAAACCCCACAAACCAGACAGAGAGGAUGAGAAGAAGCGCAUUGAGGCCCUGGGAGGCUGCGUGGUCUGGUUUGGAGCCUGGAGGGUGAAUGGCAGCCUGUCUGUCUCCAGAGCUAUUGGGGACGCCGAGCACAAGCCAUAUAUCUGUGGGGACGCAGACUCUGCCUCCACGGUGCUGGAUGGCUCUGAAGACUACCUCAUUCUGGCCUGCGAUGGCUUCUACGACACCGUGAACCCCGACGAGGCAGUCAAGGUGGUGGCUGACCACCUCAAGGAGAACAACGGUGACAGCAGCAUGGUAGCACACAAAUUGGUGGCGUCCGCCCGCGACGCCGGCUCCAGCGACAACAUCACCGUCAUCGUGGUCUUUCUCAGGGACAUGAACGCGGCCGUCGCCGCCAGCGAGGAGUCGGACUGGACAGAGAACUCUUUCCAAGGGGGGCAGGAAGACAACGGGGAAGACAAGGAGAACCACGGAGACUGCAAACGGCCGUGGCCCCAGCACCAGUGCUCAGCACCGGCAGAUUUAGGGUACGAAGGACGAGUGGAUUCCUUCACCGACAGAACUAGCUUAAGCAUAGGGUCCAGCGUCAACCUGCUUGAUGAUCAAGGCUAUUUAGACCUGACAAAAACAGAAACUAGUACACCUCAGAGUGCCAAAUGUCUGCCACCAGUCCAAGUGUUUAGUCCUGGAAUACCAAAGAGUGCAGAUUCGAUCAGCAGCUUCCUGGCAAAGGGCGAAUCCCCAGAGCGCGCCACGGCCUCGGUCUGCGGGCAGAGCCACCCGGGGGAGCACGAUGCUCCCCUGAGCUCGGGUGCUGCAGGGCAGGGCAUCUACAGGGUGAGGGGGUUAUCCCCCAUCUUCUCUGGGCUGGAAGAUGAACUGUUCAAAUCCUUGGGAAAACGAGCCGCGUUCCUGCAGGUCCGGCUGUGCAGCGGGAAGAGGCGACGAGCAGCCAGGCUCACACCAAAGUUUCACACGCCGCUCUGGGCUCACGAGCCCUCCCACCUCGAAGGAUCCACCCUGCCCUUCCCUGUCCGGGGCCGCAGGAGCAGGAGGGCGUGGGCCCGACCCUCCCCCUGGCAGAGGCUGCUCGGCCGUAACACUUACAGCGAGAGCAUGUUUUUGAUGCGAAGACAAAGUAAUUGUAUACCAGACCCAUCCCUCCAUCAAUGCUGUAAAAUGUAACCACCCCCUCGUGUUCCCCCCUGUCAGACUCCCAAAGUAGACAUUCCCAAAAAUAAAAACUGGCAUCAUCAGAGAGCGGAAAGAGGUGGGCAUUUCCGAACUGUACUCCAGUUCCCCUGCAAAGCUCCAAACCCUGUGUAAAUAGACCUAGGAAUUAACAAAUGUUAGUUGUCUCAAAUCUCAAUAAGGUUUGCCGGUGGUGCCACCCUGAGCAAUUCCGCAGCCGCCCGACCACCCGCACACACGAGUGUCCAGCCACAUCCGCCAGGGAAAGCCAAACAGCCGCUUCACGAGGACAGACUCCGCCAGGGCACAGGCCUUAGACACGCAGGAGGCUGCACCUGCCUGAGGAAUGUCUGGGCAGCAAUACUGACAGGACGGUCUGCUUCAGAACUGCCAAAUUUUUCUAGAGCGGGGGGAAGUUUCAGUAGAGUCGAGGUGGGG